AUCUGUUUCUGUCUGGUCUAUGUCUUUUUGACGUGUGUGGUGCGUCGUGGGCAGACUGGAGUUUCUCCAGUUUUAUAAAUAUUACAAGAUAGUUUCAUGAUUUGGACACUAUUAUUAGUUGUUAACAAGGAAAUUAUUUAUAGGACCUUUUACAGACGCUGAUUAUAUAGAACAACGCAAUCAUGAGUCGUUUCUUUGCGACUGGAACGGACUCGGAGUCCGAGAGCUCGAGCGAGGACGAGCCAGUAGUACGCGCCCCCGCACCCGUCUACACGUUCAGUGAUGAUGAGGAGGAAACCAAGCGCGUUGUGCGCUCCAUGAAGGAGAAGAGGUAUGAGGAAUUGGAAGGCAUCAUCCAUUCCCUGCGUAACCACCGCAAGAUCAAAGACUUCUCCUCAGCCCUAGCUUCCUUUGAAGAGCUCCAAAGAGCUUACACAAGGGCUGCACCCGUUGUAAUGAAAGAGGAAAAUGGAGUUGCUCCAAGAUUCUUCAUUAGAGCACUGGCGGAAUUGGAUGAUUGGGUGGUGGGAGCGUGGAAUGACCGUGACAGCCGAAAGGCCUUGUCAAAGGGCAACAGCAAGGCACUCACAUCACUCAGGCAGAAAUUGAGGAAGUAUGCUAAAGACUUUGAUGCUGAAAUGUCCAAAUUCCGUGAGGAUCCUGACCUGCCUGACGAUGACGAUGAACGUAAAGAUACAUCUUCCUCGGAUGAGUCUGACGAUGAAGAGAAAGUGAAAGAGAAGCCGCGAGUGCGUCGUUCCCCUGAGCCGCCACGCCGCCCUCCUCCACAAGACGACGAGUCUUCCGACUCCAUGGACUGGGGAUCCAACUCUUCAGACUCCAGCUCUAGCUCGGAUGACGAAAACCGCGGAGCUACCACCUUCCGUGAGAGGUUCUUGAAGAGAAACACCGAGAGAGAUGAAGACGAAGAAAGAGAUAGGCGCAAGGCUAAGCGACGUGAGGAUAGGCGUGACGCCAGGAUCGGCAAGGUCAAGAAGGACCAAGCUGAUGAUGGCGGCGAGUGGGAAACCGUCAGGAAGGGAGCUGCUACUUCAGACAAGCCCAAGAUGUUCGCUAAGGACAGCGACAUUGACGCAGCUCUAGUUGUAAAGAAACUGGGUGAAAUCAGCGCAGCUCGUGGUCGCAAGCGCACGGAUCGUCGUGCUCAAUUGGAACUCCUGCACGAACUCCGUACUGUCGCUGCGGCGCAUAAUCUAGGAGACGCUCUUCAGCUUAAGCUGCGUGCCGCCACUGUUGCCGCUCUCUUCGACUACAAUCCUAAAGUUUCAGACGCCAUGAAGCCCGAGUACUGGUCGAAACUAGUCGAAAAUGUUGACCACAUGGUCACUUUGCUGUUGGCUCAUGAAGACAUGCAACUGAGCGAAAAUAUUACCGAGGAAAAUGAACAGUUGGUUACGCCUCCUUUCAUGGUCCGCGGUUGUCUGUUGACGGCUUUGGAGCGACUUGACGACGAGUUCACUAAGCUGCUGAAGGAGUGCGAUCCUCAUUCCAAUGAAUAUGUUGAGAGACUGAAGGACGAAGUGCGCGUCUCUGCUUUGAUUGACCGCGUGUGCCAAGUGGUCGAGCGCGACGGCACUCCACAAGAAAUUUGCCGUGCUUACUUACGUAAAAUUGAUCAUCUGUACUACAAGUUCGAUCCUCGCGCCGUGCGUAAGGAUCUGCCUCCUGGUGAGGAAACAACCAUCAAGAAGAUGGAGAAAUUCUGCAAAUAUAUUUACGCUCACGAUGAAUCCGACCGUCUCAGAACCCGUGCCAUCCUCUCCCACAUCUACCAUCACGCUCUGCACGAUAACUGGUUCCAAGCUCGUGACUUGCUGCUUAUGUCACAUUUACAAGAAACAGUUCAACAUUCUGACCCAAGUACUCAGAUUCUGUACAAUCGUACAAUGGCCAACUUGGGUCUAUGUGCUUUCCGCCGCGGAAAUGUCAAGGAAGCCCAUGGCUGCCUUGCUGAACUGAUGAUGACUGGCAAACCUAAAGAACUACUGGCUCAAGGUUUGCUGCCCCAGCGUCAACACGAACGGUCUAAAGAACAAGAAAAGAUUGAGAAGCAGCGUCAAAUGCCGUUCCACAUGCACAUCAACUUGGAGUUGCUUGAAUGUGUCUAUUUAGUAUCUGCUAUGCUUAUCGAGAUUCCGUACAUGGCUGCCCACGAGUUCGACGCUCGUCGUCGUAUGAUCAGUAAGACAUUCUACCAGAACUUGCGCGCGAGUGAGCGUCAGGCGCUGGUGGGUCCGCCUGAGUCCAUGCGAGAGCAUGCGGUCGCGGCCGCCAGAGCCAUGCGCCGCGGAGACUGGCGCGCUUGUCUUAACUUCAUUGUCAACGAGAAGAUGAACGCCAAGGUAUGGGAUCUAAUGGUCGGCGCCGACAACGUUCGCGCCAUGCUCGGCAGACUGAUCAGGGAAGAAUCGCUACGCACUUACUUAUUCACUUACGCUCAUGUGUACGCGUCGCUGUCGCUUCGCUCGCUCGCCGACAUGUUCGAGCUACCGCGGCAACGCGUGCACUCCCUCGUCUCCAAGAUGAUCAUCAAUGAGGAGCUACUGGCGUCACUUGAUGACCCCAGCGAGUGCGCUAUCCUACAUCGUUCUGAGCCUACCAGAAUGCAAGCUUUGGCUUUGCAGCUGGCUGAUAAGGUCGGCAACCUAGUAGACUCAAACGAGCGCAUAUUCGAGAAGCAAGGCUCGUUCUUCCAGCGCGGCGGUGGCGGCGGGCGCGGGGAGGGCCGGCAGCGCGAGCGGCCGCGCGAGGGCUGGAACCGGCGCACGCGCAACCGACGCCGCGACGACGAGCGUGGGGAUGACUAACAUUACCUCCGAGAUAUGAAGAAGACCAGUCGAUUUGUUUUAUAGUAGAUGAUCAAACAAUAGCUAAACAGUAUUCGUGUUACUAGAUGAUUUAUGUGAAGCAAAGUAAAACAUGACUUCAUAAUUCAAAUAAACAAAAUCUACUGGUCCUCAUUAUCAUCUGUCACAAUAAUCCGAUUGGAACUUCAUUUGUAUGCCGUUUUAUAAGCUCAUAGAAAUUGGAAAAACUGUUUUAUUUGGUAUAUUUUAUAGGAGGUUGUAGUUAUAUAAAAACUAUGUAAGUGGAGUACAGUUAUCUUUCAUUUUUACGUUUGUAUAAUGGUGGUAACGUUGUAACCAAUAUUAUGUAUUUAUUUAUGAUAGAUACUACAUACAUAUAUACCAUAUUUGCAGCCAUUUUUAAAACCUACACAAAAUUAUGCCUCCAGUUGCAUUCGUUACAAUGUUACGUAGUCCUCACAAUCCAGUCGUCGUUAUAAUAAAUAAAAUAUAUCAAAA